AUGGCACAUGUUUCUUCAGAAAUUCAGGAUGUGUCUCAUAAAGAUGGACCAACUGGCUCAGGAAACUCCGAUAGAUCUAUAUUGUUUGAUCAAACAUUCUCUGGAGACUUGGACUUGAGGUCUAUGUUUGAAGAAAAUGCUUUUCAGACUUUGUCUGAGGAAUCCUUGAUAAAAAGACCAUGUUACACACAACGUGUCUCUGAACCAGAUGAAGAUAAUGAUUUUCGUUCUCUGACAUUUACAAGAAACCUAUGGAAAAUGCCUGGGAGUGACCAAUUUAAAUCCAUUUGGUGGGAUGUUAAUGGAACUUCCAUAGUGAUUGAUGAAGAUGUCUUUAAGAAGGAAGUUUUGGAAAGAAAGGCCCCUUACAGAAUAUUUGAAACUGGAAAUAUGAAAAGUUUAGUUAGACAGCUUAACCUUUAUGUGUUUAGUAAAGUGAGUUAGAAUUUUCAAAUAUCUGCUUGCCUAGCUGACUUUCUGGCAGAAGAAAAAGGUGUCUCAGUUUUAAGAAAGAUGCAGUUCUACCAUAAUCCAAAUAUAAAACGAGGCUGUCCCCAGCUUUCAGUGGGAAUGAAAAGAAGACUUGGGAUGAAAAAUGCCUCUCUGUUAUCUUCAUUGGCUGAAGAUUUUGACAUGAAGCACUUUAAAGCAGGGGGUAAUAUGGAUAAUCAUAAUUCUGGUUUUGUGUCUGACACUAGUGGAGAAAGUGCAUUUUUACCUUCUGCAAAUUUAAACAUGCGUCUAAUAAGAAAGCCCUCUACUAGCCACAUAAUUAGUGGUACAACUACUACGAUCAGUGAUUUUUCUGCUCCAUCAUCAAUGUCAGUUAGACUACCAGAACAAAUUGCAUUGGAUCAACGUGCUAUUUUAAAUCAGUUGACCACUGUCCACGGGCACUCUCAAAGCAGCUACACUAUAAAUGGCCAUGUUGUGAACUCCAUUACAACUACAAAUUCUACUUCACAGUACAGCAUCUUGUCUCCAAUACAGAACAAUUAUUUUGGACUGAUGUUGGAGCCUUCUACUUUUACAAAUUGA